GAAGAAUCCAGCAGCUGUUAGCUAGUAGUUCUAUUUACGCGAUGAACGUCAGUGAUACGUCCGUAAUGUUUGCGCUUUGUUGUUGAAGAGGAUCGAAAUACAUAUUUUACAAAACGCUAAUGGGAGUCGGGUCGUUAUAUUUCUCUCCGCACUGAGUGGCUAACCACAAAAAAGGAAGCAAUGAACUUCCAGGGCAGUCGGAAGCGAGGAGAGGAUGGCAUCAGCAUGGUGAUUGACUUCCUGCUGUCUAAUGCCCGGCUGGUUUUGGGAGUUGGUGGGGCUGCCAUGCUAGGAAUUGCUACAUUGGCAGUGAAACGGCUGAUAGAGCGCGCAGGCCGUGCAGCCGACGAUGAAAAGGUGGAGCAGAAGAUGGCUGAGAGCUGGGAGGAGUUGAGUUUGGUCUCUGCUUCCCCCACUCUGAUCAAGAAGGGCAUAAAGGGUGUGGUGAUGAAACAUGUUGCCAAGGCAGCCAGACAGCAGAAAGCUGACCUGUGUCAGCAACCUCAGGUGUCCUCUCUGGAUGUGCAGUCUAAACCUGAGUCCAAGUCCAAGAGGCUCCAGCUGUGCGUUCUCAGUUUGCAGGAACGACUGCAGCAGUACUAUCACACGAGGGUUGCACUUGCACCACAUGAAGUCCAGAGGGCUCAGUCUUUAGCUGUGGACAUCUGCUCUGAGAUCCAGGGCUUUCUGCACAGCCGUCAUCCUGAUAUGCCGCUGGGAGAAAUGAACCUCGGAGGUUCUCUACUGGAUGAUCUGCAGGUUGUCACUGCAGACCAUGCAUGUCUGCUGGUGCCUCUACAGCUGGAAGCCUCUCUGUGGCGUCUCGUCCCAGGAGAGGAAACAUUGCUCACACACCCGCUGCACUGGAUGGUCCGACGGAUCAAUCUGGAAUAUUUUCCCAGAGGACGCAGUUACUGGGACAGGUACUUGGUGGGUGGCUACCUGUCUGCAGAAACUGUUGUGAACAUGUUUAGUAAAGCUGUCAUGGAAACAAUCAACUGGCUGUCCAUCAGCAGCACUCUGGACUGUCUCGUCAGACCUGUACUGGGAGGACAAGACCUGAGAUUGGAGAUUCGGCCUGGAAAUGUAGAAGGGGCGGAGAGCAGCGAUCAGCCGCUGUUCAUCGAAAUGUUGCCUCUGCUGAGGGAGGGGGAUGUGGUUCUGACCGCCCAGCUUGAGCUCACAUCUCCCUGGGUCAACGCCUGGCACCUGACUCUCUACCCGUGGGAGACUCGGCGCCUGGCUCAGCUCGACGCCGCUGACGACGGAUGCCGCAGACAGACACUUAAAAUUCUCAAGGCAGCGUGCAGACUCAACCCCGCCCUGCGACCACUCGAAGCAGCCCCGCUGGCCAAUCUCAUCCUACACCUCAGUGACAGUGAGAGCGACUGGUCCGAGAUCAGCUUGGACGUGAGAUUCCAGCAGUGCAUCACAGAGCUGAUUGGUUACCUCGAACAAGGGGCGUUACACAGUUACUUCAAGCCAGCUGUCAAUCUGCUGAGCGGCUUGACAGAGGACCAGGUGGAUCAGAUGGGCUUCAUGCUCUACUGCGCUGUGUCAGAGCCUGAAAUACUGCUCAUAUAACUGUUUGCACACAUAACACUAGACAUUUCUCAAGCUCUGACACAGAGAUCAAAGGAGAAAUCAUCAAAGAUGUUUGGUUCAAGGCAAAGAUGUUGUAUUCUUCCCACUGCCUUCCCACUCUCAUUGUUUAGCUCCUCCAUCCUGCUUUGAUGCAAGGGAUCAGGGCACAGUUGGGAUGACAAAAUGGCAGGCACCAUGAACUGACGUCUACACUGGAGGAAGAGAAGCUACAGUGAGACUGCCGAUGUGAAAGUGAUAAUCAAGCUAAACAAAUCACUCCGAGGUAAGGAGACGUGCCAAGGAAAGGAGCUGAGGAAGUAUUUUAUCAAGAUGUUUAAAAACAGUGUGCCUGAUCAUAACUCUACACACACACCACAGCCAAAUCUACAUUUAAGUUUGUGUGAUUAUUAGGACUAUAGCAUUACAGUUCAGUAUAUCCAUUAACAGCAGAGGAGUACAGUUUAUUAGUAAGUGCAUAUGUUCUUUAUAUCCUCUAACUGAUAUAGUUGGCUCUGCAUAAUUUUCCUAAAUCUCCUUUAAUAUAUUCUAACUAUGCAGAAAAAUAAUGACCUGCUGAAAACCACCAGAUUCUGCUGCACUGUUUAGCCUUUCUGAGUUGGACUUAUUUAAAGCAAAGUAUAUUUUAUCAUACUGGAGGUUUGAAAUGUGCAGUAUUUUGUUUGUCUUGUUAAGUGUUCAGUCAAGUGCCAGUGUUGGAUGAACUAUCCCUUUAAAUUAUGGUUAAGUUGCCUAAUAAUUUUAUGCUUUUAAAUACAGUAUGAAUGUUGUGGGUAUUUCUUCAGUUGUGUCUUCUUGCUGAGUGAAAGAAAAUUGAUUCUCUGCGCAAAUAAAAAUAAAAGCAAUUUUUGCUCAUUU